ACCGUAGAUCUACAUUUAUGUGUUGCCCUUUUGUGAAAUGGCUUUAAUAAAACGAUUAAGUAAUCCGUUAGCCCGUGGAAUAGCCACUUAUUCUAUUCUAUGGCCUACGGCUAAUCUUGUACAGCAAAGCCUGGAAGGACGGCGCUAUGACACGUUCGACUACGGCCAAUGCAUGCGAUAUGGAAUCUACGGUGCUCUGUACGUUGCUCCAACCGUUUACGGGUGGGUUAAAAUUUCUACCAUUAUGUGGCCUAAAAUGAAUUUACGAACGGCCUUGUUCAAAGCAAUUGUAGAACAAGCUACAUACGGCCCAUUCGCUGGUGUAAGUUUUCUGUAUAUUAUGUCAUUGGCCGAAGGAAUGGCACCGGGAGAAGCAGUACAGGAGAUAAAAUUAAAAUUUCCCCAGACGUACACAGUUGGAUUGACCUUCUGGCCAUUUAUUCAAACAAUCAAUUUUGCUUUUAUCCCGGAACGAAACCGUGUACCAUUUAUUGCAGCCUGUAGUUUUCUAUGGACGGUGUUUUUAGCAUCCAUCAAAAGAAAAGAUAUGCAAGAGCAGAAGACACCUGACAUUGCUCAGUAACAAUGCUAGCCUCAAAGGCAAUUGUUCCAAUGUUAUGAAGUAAUAAUUCCAUUUGUUAAUAAAGUAACAACAAC